AUGAUGGGCAAACAUAGCAACAUCAUUCUGAUAGAUGCAACCGACGACAGGAUUCUGGAAAGCCUCAAAACUCCGACACUCGCGAAAGAGGUCGUGGCACGCGCAGCUGAAACAGAACUCUGGGAUGCCUAUCAGCAGGUUAUCACCUAUUUCGAUCCGAAGCACGUUUCACCGCAACUCUUCACGGAUGGCAACGAGCCAAUCGCAGUAUCGGCACUACCGCUGCAGCAAUUUCCGAAUGCGACCUCUCAAGCAUUCGACACAAUGAGCGAUGCGUUUUGUGCAUACUACGACGCGAUCACCUUGAAGGAGCACAUCGCUUCGGAACACAGGACGCUGACACAAGCAUUAAAGAAGCAGAAGGGGAUACUCCGUCGAAAAGCGAAAGCAUUACAAACCGAUUUGGAACGUGCAGAGAAAUCUGAUGAUUACCGCAUUCAAGGUGAAUUAAUCCUCGCCAACCUACACACUAUCACCCGUGGACAGACACAGGUGGAGCUGCAGAACUACUAUAGUCCUGAACUCGAAAAGUUAACGAUUCACCUCAAUCCAGAGCAGACCCCUUCCGACAACGCUCAGGCUUAUUUUAAGAAAUAUACAAAGGCGAAGCGCGGGCGUUCUCGCAUCCAGCAGCUCAUCUCAGACUUGGAUGCGGAUCAGGAGACGCUCCAACUUUAUACGUCUAAGUUGGAAUCCGCUGAUACUUUGGAAGCACUGCAGCGGCUUCGCGCUGAGUUGUCGAGAGCGGCUAUCUCAAGGCACAACAGCGUGGAAAGCAGAAGCAGGUGGUAG